GCUCACUGACGGUUGAGUGUGUCAGUCAGUCAAUCGAUGGUGCCGCUGCUGAGCGGAAAGAAAACGGCCGAAAAGAUUUGUAUAUCGGCACCGACAGGAGAAAUAACUCUUCGGUUUGACACGAACCAUCAAAAGGAAUAAACCCGUGCCAGGCCCUACACACUGAGUGUAACUCAGGGCAGCAGCGAUGUCGGGCUCCUAUGAUGACUCCAUGAUCGAUGUCUCCAGCGACAGCUUCUGGGAGAUCGGUAACUACAAGCGAACAGUGAAACGAGUAGACGAUGGCAACCGGCUCUGUAAUGAUCUGAUGAACUGUCUUCAUGAGCGGGCACGUAUUGAAAAGGCCUACGCACAGCAGCUCACAGAAUGGGGGAAGCGCUGGCGGCAACUCAUAGAAAAAGGGCCUCAGUAUGGUACGUUGGAGCGGGCGUGGGCCGCUCUGUGCACGGAGGCGGAGAAGGUGAGCGAGCUCCACAUGGAGGUGAAAGCGUCGUUGAUGGGAGAAGACUACGAGAAGCUGAAGAACUGGCAGAGGGACGCCUACCACAAACAGAUGAUCGGCGGCUUCAAAGAGACUAAAGAGGCUGACGACGGCUUCCGCAAGGCUCAGAAACCCUGGGCGAAGAAACUCAAAGAGAUGGAGACAAUGAAGAAGACUUACCACUCAGCCUGCAAAGAAGAGAAGCUGGCAGCCAGCAGGGAGACCAACAGCAAACUGGAGAGCAAUAACAACCCAGAUGCCCAAAAGAAGCUUCAGGAAAAGGUGGAAAAGUGUCAGCAGGAGGUGCAGAAGACUAAAGAACGCUAUGAGAAAUCCCUGGAAGAACUUGACAAGUUGACCCCUCAGUAUAUGGAGAACAUGGAGCAAGUGUUUGAGCAGUGGCAGCAGUUUGAAGACAAACGCAUCCGUUUCUUCAAAGAGCUUCUGCUGGAGGUCAAACAUCACCUGGAUCUCUCGACCAAUCACAGAUUCCAGACAAUCUACCACACACUGGAAGACACGAUCUCUGCUACUGACGCCGAAGAGGACCUGAAAUGGUUCCGGUCCAAUCAAGGCCCCGGCAUGCCGAUGAACUGGCCCCAGUUUGAGAAUUUGGACUGGUCCCGUCCUCGCUCCUUUAAGAGAAGGUCCAUUUUAGACUGGUCCGUAGACCUGAACCGAACCCUCAGCAGACGAGAGAAGAAGAAGCCAUCGGAAGGUGUCACCCUGACAGGCAUCAGUCAAACUGGGUCAGACCAGCCUGUCCAGCCUGCCAAAACCAGCAGCAGCCUGACUGUGCCCACUAAAACGGCGCCAGUGGGCUCAAACCCGUUCGAAGACGACGAAGACGAGGAGGAGGAGGAAGAGGAGGAGAUGGCCGUGGAGCAGCAGACCACAGUCAACCACAUCAGUGUGAAUAAAGAGGAAAUAAAAACCGCGAGCAGUAUGGAGAAGACUCCAGACUGGUCCGAUGAAGACACGGGCGGCAACCCUUUCUCGGCCAACGGUGACGGGAAUCCAUUCGGCGAAGACGAGCCGACUUCUCCGGUCGUAUCUGUGCCUGUCAGAGCCCUCUAUGACUACGAAGGACAGGAGCAGGAUGAGCUGAGCUUCAAAGCAGGGGACGAGUUCACCAAAAUCGGCGAGGAAGACGACCAGGGUUGGUGCAAAGGCCGGCUCAAGGACGGACAAACAGGCCUCUAUCCUGCUAACUACGUCGAAGACAUCCAGUAAUGAAUCAUCACGAGUGAAUAAAUGUGAAGAAAGAAGAAAAGCUGUGUGUGGCCGCAAAACGGGGAGGCUCUUGAUUUAUUUUCAAACCCUCUUCUCCUUGUUGGUGAGGUUACUGGACUGUCGUGGGAGAAAGAGGGAGAAGUUGCGGAUGAUUUAAAAAAAAAGAAAAGAAAAGAAAAGAAAGGACCACUUGAUGAGAUAUCGACGCUUGCCACAGAUUGACCCUGGGAUGGAGAUUAACUGCAGGUUUUCCUGGUGAUUCCAGGCGAGGAGGAAGAUCACAGAGAAUAAUUGCUGUCGGUGUAAGAUAUGUUACUUAGAAUCCCAUUUAUGCUGUUACAAAAAUAAUAGCUUUUCAAGUUAUAUAUUCGAUAAGAUUCAAUGAGAUUUCUGUGUGAAUUUAAAUAUUGUUGAAAGGAAAACACUGGGAUGACAGUCUGACAAAUCGUCUCGCAAUGUUACAUGCAGCCUUAAUAUGCAAGCCACUAUGGAUUCGUUAAGGGAGAUGACCCUCUUUUGUAACCAUCAUUAUCUGUUUUAGGUUUAAAACGAUUAGAAUCCAGUCCAUAAAUGCUAAUUAUUUUUUGACAAAGUAGACCCUAAUGUUGAGAUUAUUGUGUCAGAUUCUAAACUAGUGCUUACGUUGUUCUGCCAUUCCUUUCAGGGUCUUGUUUUUCCACUCAGUUCAUCAACUGUUCUGGUUUUUUUUUUAUAAGGAAUGAGCCGACAGUCUUCAUUUAGUUCACAGUGGGUAGCUUCGUCUAGUCACUGCAAUUGAAUGUAUAUUCACUGAUUGUAUUUUCUCACUUAUUGAUUGUCUAUUUUUGCAACCACUGACCAGUUAACCCCCCUCCGAACUGUCCUCAAGCUUUUUUCCCCCACGAAUCUAUCCGCCUUAUGUUGAUUGUAGAUCGUCGUAUUAUGGUUUAACUUUUCACGCAACACUGAAGAUUUUUUCACAAAAAGUCAACGUCACUUGAAUCUCCAUGUUUUAAUUCUUUCACUUCUUGUUAAAAUGUCAAGUUACGGGAGAGCAUUUUAGUGUCUUUAUUUUGAAAAUAUAUUACAAGUUCUAGCAAUAAAAUCAAAGCCAAGUAUGCCGUCGCAUACAUGCGUGUAAAUAGCCUGGAUAAAACAUAUUAGAACAAAAUUAAGCAUCGAGAUCAGAUGAGUUGGAAAUUAUUAAUUUAUGAUGCCACAAGUGCUUUUUGUUCUACUCUUGUUAGAAUGCUGUGACUGAGAAUCAGUUUGUAUAGUAAUUGAAUAUUUUAUGGCAAAUAUCCCUUGAUAUCUGUUAUUUUGUUAUAUUUGUAAAUAUGAUUAUUUUCCCUUCAUUGAAUUAAUCAACAGAGGAGCUGUGACAUGAACCGAUAAACCUGAUUUCGUGAGCAUUUUUUGCGAAGCGUUUCCACUUGUGCGAGCUCCAAAUUCGUUAAUUUUGCCCGACGUAUCGAUGAAAUCAUUUUUAAAAAAAUGCUGUCUGAUGCCUUCAACUGCAGCGUGAGAGAAAGAUGAAUUUAGUUGUCUUUUAAUAAUAGCGACAGAGGAGAUGUUUCGCCGUGUUUUCAGGGCAUGCUGUCGUCAGAACACAGCAACAACUGUACUUGCACAGUAAGGUUUGUAAAUGUUGUCCCACAACAUAAUAAAUGAAUUUAUUGGAAGAAA